UGAGUAAUCAUAUAAACAAAUUAUAAAUUCUAAUGGACGUAAAUGAGCUGCCGACUGUUCAAUUUCUUGGAUCUUGCGGCUUUGGAUUAAAGCUUAAAUCCCAUAUAUGUAUGUAUGAAAAAGAACAGGGAAUGUUGGUUUAAUUAUUUGGUAGAUAAUUUUCACUGCAGGUGGUGUGAGUAUGCCUCCUAGCUAGGCGUAUGAUUGAUGUUUUGGACAAACUUCGUAUCAAACCUCUACAUAUACCUGUAAAUAUGGAAUUUCAGAGGCAAUACUACAACCAUAUAUCUAUUAUUGCCUUUCUUUCCUAGUGAUUAAUUAUACCAAAACUAAUGCAAACUAUGAAUGGUGUAGGAAGCUUUGAAGAACGCUCCCUGGAACAGGGACUUGAACCUUCCUUUUCUUGCAGUUCCUCCGUCCAACACAAAGCCAAACUCAGAGCAGAUGAGGACACUGAGAUUAGCAUUUUCGAUGCCCAGAGAUACUUCAACGAAACCACCAGCGAUAUCAGAGUGUGCAAGAGGGUUUCCCCGCUUAACAUGCCCAACCUGGAAUUAGAUCCUAUUUCAUCAGCGCCCCAGCGUGAUGUUUCCUCCACGUCUUGUGCCGACGGCUAUGGCUAUGGCUAUGGCAUGACCUAUCGAGUUCGUUCUUUCCAUGCAACUCCAACGGCUUCAUCGGAGGCUAGCUGGAAUAGCCAGACUGGUCUUUUGUCGAAUCCUCCUGGCGCCAUUGCGGUGUCUAUGACCAUGAAAAAUCCUUCCACUGAUCACAAGAGAAAAGGGUGUGGUAAAUUGAAAUGGCUUUGGGGCCGAAGCUGUCCCUGCUCCGGCAACAAAUCCGUUCAAGUUGAGCCCAAAACACCCUUGGGCAUGAAUCAGAAAAGUUCAAGCGUUGCCGACGGAGAUAAUAAACGGGAAGAGAGAUUAUUAGCCUCUAAUCCUCACAGGAUGUCAGCAGAGAAUCAAUUUGAUUCCAGCUUAGGGCGACAGCGUGUGGUAGCUUCGGUUUCAGCAUCAGCAAGACCAAGGCCCCUGAUGAUAAGUGAUGGCUACUCCGGGACAGCUGUAGCUGGUUUCACCUUUCCAAUACUUAAUCAACAACCAACAUCAUCCCAUCUUAAAACGGCAGUGCCGCUGAAUAGAAAUCAUAACUCCCUUAAUGAUGGUGGUGAGGAUCCACCUCGAGACUCGUUGGAGGUGUUCCGACCUUCUGACCAAUCAUCAUCUAUAUCUGUUCCAAAGAAACUGGUGUCCAUAACUGACGAUGAUGUUGGCAGUGAUACCAGCUCAGACUUGUUCGAAAUCGAGAGCUUUUCCACGACCACCCAGGGCCAGACCACGUCAAAUCCACUGUACCAUCGUCGAGAUUCGAUGGAUGAGGCCUCCAGCUUUAAUAUAAGAAGAUCGAUGGUAUUAGCAGCAGCAGCUUCGCCGAUGAUGUCGGAGUGUUACGAGCCGAGCGAGGCAAGCAUAGAGUGGAGCGUGACGACGGCAGAAGGGUGUGGUGAAGCGGAGGAGAACAUCACAGCGGUUGGCAAAGGGGGGAAGAAGAAAUCAGGGAAUGGGGGGUUGUUGAGCUGUCGAUGCGAGAAGGCGGUGAGCGUGGGGCCUAACCCCGUCAAGUACGUGCCCCCUCAGAGACAGGCAGCUACUACAAUCAACCAUGUGGGCUGCGCAAUGUGAACAAGCCACCGUUUGCCCUUCUGUUUUCCUUUUUUCUUUUAUUUUGAGUGCUCUCUGAGUUUUGACACUUGUAGACUUGUCAAUUCUUUAUAUAAAAUUUACCCAUCAUUCGGUUGUUUUGCAUUUUUACGGUUUCAAUUUAAUAUAAUAAAUUAAUUUAUUAUUUACACACAA